UUUUGCCCCGUAUCAUCGCAAUGUUCAUCGCAAUCAUCGGGACGCCUUCAGCAGGAAAGAAAGUGGUGCUACAGUAUCUGGAAAAGAAAUACGGUUUCCAGCGUUUGAGGCUCGCGAAAGAUCAGCCUCAGGAAGAAGAUCUUAGCGGGAGAAUUGCAAAGAUCGAUGUCAAUGGUGAUGGCCAGGUCGCUGCGGCACACACCUAUGCGAACGCCAAUGACCUUUUGGAUUUUGUGACCCACAAUUGGCUUUCGCACUUUGUGACGACCGACUUGACGUCUUUCGACGACGUUGAGCCCUUUGUCAAACGGCCCUUCUUCUUGCUUGUCAGUGUCGACGGGCCGUUGAUUGUUAGAUAUGAACGUGAAAGGGCGAGAGCGGGAUCCUUGAAGCAGACUCUCUCCCUGGAAAAGUUUAUUACCGACCAUGACGCUCUUCUUCAUGGACCUCCUCCCCCCCAAACAUCCAGCCUCCCUACCCUGGCGCACAUGCAGCUCCAGUCCGAUUUCCGGCGAGUCCUUGACUUGGCUCAUAUCCAAGUCAACAACAAUUUCACCGACAUCUCCGCACUCCACUGGUAUCUGGAUCGACUGGACCUUUUAGAUGAGGGUCGCUUGAGGCCUGGGUGGGAUAAAUACUUCAUGGUUUGUCUUUCCGGAGGCUUUUGUUACCUGUCAACUGAUCUGGUUCCAGACUCUUGCCUCACUCGCUUCCCACCGAUCCAAUUGUAUGAAGCGCCGAGUAGGUGCCCUCCUUGUCCGCUCCAAGCGCAUCCUGUCCACCGGAUACAACGGUACACCUAGAGGAGUGAGAAAUUGCAACCAAGGAGGCUGCUCACGGUGUAAUGGAAGUGCCCGAGGCGGCGAGGCAUUGAACGAGUGUCUGUGUCUACACGCAGAAGAGAAUGCGCUGUUGGAAGCUGGAAGGGAUCGUAUCGGAGACGACUCUGUCAUCUACUGCAACACAUGUCCCUGUCUUCGAUGUUCAGUCAAGAUUGUACAAUGUGGUGUUCGAGAAGUAGUCUACAACCAAAGCUACAGUAUGGACGAAGCUUCCGCCAUGGUCCUCAAGGAAGGAGGCGUGAUCCUUCGGCAGCUCUCCAUGCCCGAAGCUGUCUGAUCAUUAGGGGCUUGCGUUGCGCUAGAUCUAUCAAAGGGGUUCCAGUCGUUCAUUUUGGGUGUUGUUGUGGUCGUGAUG